AUUUAUUUCUCUUACAAAAAGAAAACCAGCACUUUAAUUUCUUAAUUCAAUUGUUUAUGACCCCAACCGUCUACUUGGCCUGCUAAUCUGAAAAGCUCAAAUAUAAGACUUUCUUUUUCAAAAAGAAAUGUGCUUUUACAGUUCUCUUUGCCCAACAACCGCAAUACAAAGAUCUUGAAUAUUCAUCUUCGCUAACAGAUUGUAAUGGCUAGUUCACUGCAACACUUUCCAGUUCCUCAUAAGAAGUUUUCUGUGGACAUCAAGGGAAACAAAACGGACAUAGUCAUUUGCAGUUAUGAUGACCAUUUUCUUGUGAUUGCAACGCAAAUAGAAACAAUGGGGUCAAUACUGCAUGCCAGGAAGGAGGAAGGGGUUUCAGUCCAUCCCACUUUCAAUGUCUCAGUGAUAUUUGGAAAACGAAAUGAGCCAAUGCUAGUGGCUUGUGCUCGGAAACUGAUUGAACACAUAAGUAACUCUGGCUCCUCUGGGGCGUUGGUGCUAUCUCUUGGUUUAAAAGACCAUUCCAUGGAGACACUGAAAGGGAUUGUUUCAGCUGUAGUUGAAAAUCGUUCGUGGUAACAUAAUUGAAUUUUAGAUAUGACAGUUCCAUUCUACUGAUAUUGUCAAAAGCCCCAUUAUAGCACAACUUCCGGGGAUGGCAACUAAGUCGAGUAUUGAAAUUAAUUACUUGUUGAAGAUUUA